CCUUCGAUGAGCACUACAGCAACUGCGGUUACAGCGUGGCCCUGGGGACCAAUGGGUUCACCUGGGAGCAGAUCAACACGUGGGAGAAGCCCAUGCUGGACCCAGCCGUGCCCACAGGGUCCUUCAUGAUGGUGAACAGCUCCGGGAGGGCCUCCGGCCAGAAGGCCCACCUCCUCCUGCCCACCCUCAAGGAGAACGACACGCACUGCAUCGACUUCCACUACUACUUCUCCAGCCGCGACAGGUCCAGCCCGGGGGCCUUGAACGUCUACGUGAAGGUGAACGGCGGGCCCCAGGGGAACCCCGUCUGGAACGUGUCCGGCGUCGUCACCGAGGGCUGGGUGAAGGCAGAGCUGGCCAUCAGCACCUUCUGGCCACACUUCUACCAGGUGAUAUUUGAAUCCGUCUCUUUGAAAGGUCAUCCUGGCUACAUCGCCGUGGACGAGGUCCGGGUCCUCGCUCAUCCGUGCAGAAAAGCACCUCACUUUCUGCGGCUCCAAAACGUCGAGGUGAACGUGGGGCAGAAUGCCACAUUCCAGUGCAUUGCUGGCGGGAAGUGGUCUCAGCACGACAAGCUUUGGCUCCAGCAAUGGAACGGCAGGGACACGGCCCUCAUGGUGACCCGUGUGGUCAAUCACAGGCGCUUCUCGGCCACGGUCAGCGUGGCAGACACUGCCCAGCGGAGUGUGAGCAAGUACCGCUGCGUGAUCCGCUCUGAUGGUGGCUCUGGAGUGUCCAACUACGCGGAGCUGAUCGUGAAAGAGCCUCCCACGCCCAUCGCGCCCCCAGAGCUGCUGGCUGUGGGGGCCACGUACCUGUGGAUCAAGCCCAACGCCAACUCCAUCAUCGGGGACGGCCCCAUCAUCCUGAAGGAGGUGGAAUACCGCACCACCACCGGCACCUGGGCCGAGACCCACAUAGUGGACUCUCCCAACUAUAAGCUGUGGCACCUGGACCCCGACGUGGAGUAUGAGAUCCGGGUUCUGCUCACACGGCCGGGAGAGGGGGGCACAGGGCCACCGGGGCCUCCGCUCACCACCAGGACCAAGUGUGCAGACCCCGUGCACGGCCCGCAGAACGUGGAGAUCGUGGACAUCCGAGCCCGGCAGCUGACCCUGCAGUGGGAGCCCUUCGGCUACACGGUGACCCGCUGCCACAGCUACAACCUCACAGUGCAGUACCAGUACGUGUUCAACCAGCAGCAGUACGAGGCCGAGGAGGUCAUUCAGACCUCCUCCCACUACACCCUGCGGGGCCUGCGGCCCUUCAUGACCAUCCGGCUGCGGCUCCUGCUGUCCAACCCUGAGGGCCGGAUGGAGAGCGAGGAGCUGGUGGUGCAGACAGAGGAGGAUGUUCCAGGAGCUGUCCCGCUGGAGUCCAUCCAAGGAGGGCCCUUCGAGGAGAAGAUCUACAUCCAGUGGAAACCUCCCAACGAGACCAACGGGGUCAUCACGCUUUACGAGAUCAACUACAAGGCUGUGGGCUCCCUCGACCCGAGUGCCGACCUCUCCAGCCAGAGGGGGAAAGUGUUCAAGCUCCGGAAUGAAACCCACCACCUCUUCGUGGGUCUGUACCCAGGGACCACCUACUCCUUCACCAUCAAGGCGAGCACGGCAAAGGGCUUCGGGCCCCCCGUCAGCACGAGGAUCGCCACCAAAAUUUCAGCUCCGUCGAUGCCGGAGUACGACACAGACACCCCGCUGAACGAGACGGACACGACCAUCACGGUGAUGCUGAAGCCUGCUCAGUCCAGGGGAGCCCCCGUCAGUGUUUAUCAGCUGGUUGUCAAGGAGGAGAGACUGCAGAAGUCACGGCGGGCGGCCGACAUCAUUGAGUGCUUUUCGGUGCCUGUGAGCUACAGGAACGCCUCCAGCCUCGACUCUCUGCACUACUUCGCUGCUGAGCUGAAGCCCGCCAACCUGCCCGUCACUCAGCCCUUUACGGUGGGCGACAACAAGACUUACAAUGGCUACUGGAACCCCCCUCUUUCCCCUCUGAAAAGCUACAGUAUCUACUUCCAAGCACUCAGCAAAGCCAAUGGUGAAACAAAGAUCAACUGUGUCCGCCUGGCUACGAAAGCACCAAUGGGCAGCGCCCAGGUGACCCCGGGGACUCCACUCUGCCUCCUCACCACAGGUGCCUCCACACAGAAUUCUAACACCGUGGAGCCAGAGAAGCAGGUGGACAACACCGUGAAGAUGGCUGGAGUGAUCGCUGGCCUCCUCAUGUUCAUCAUCAUCCUCUUGGGCGUGAUGCUCACCAUCAAAAGGAGAAGAAAUGCUUAUUCCUACUCCUAUUACUUGAAGCUGGCCAAGAAGCAGAAGGAGACACAGAGUGGAGCCCAGAGGGAGAUGGGGCCCGUGGCCUUGACUGACAAACCCACCACCAAGCUCAGCACCGGCCGCAAUGAUGAAGGGUUCUCCUCUAGCUCUCAGGACGUGAAUGGAUUCAAUGGCAGCCGCGGAGAGCUGGCCCAGCCCACCCUCACGAUCCAGACUCACCCCUACCGGGCCUGCGACCCCGUGGAGAUGAGCUAUCCUCGUGACCAGUUCCAGCCCGCCAUCCGGGUGGCCGACCUGCUGCAGCACAUCACGCAGAUGAAGAGAGGCCAGGGCUACGGCUUCAAGGAGGAAUAUGAGGCCUUACCGGAGGGGCAGACAGCUUCGUGGGACACAGCCAAAGAGGAUGAAAAUCGCAAUAAGAAUCGAUACGGAAACAUCAUAUCCUGGCUGUUCUCUCUCUCUCUCUCUGCAGACGACCAUUCCCGGGUGAGGCUGCUGGUGCUGGAUGGGGACCCGCACUCCGACUACAUCAACGCCAACUACAUCGAUGGAUACCAUCGGCCCCGGCACUACAUUGCAACUCAAGGUCCAAUGCAGGAGACCGUGAAGGACUUUUGGAGGAUGAUCUGGCAGGAGAACUCAGCCAGCAUCGUCAUGGUCACCAACCUCGUGGAGGUGGGCAGGGUAAAGUGUGUGCGAUACUGGCCGGAUGACACGGAGGUCUAUGGCGACAUUAAAGUCACCCUGAUUGAAACAGAGCCCCUGGCGGAAUACGUCAUACGCACCUUCACGGUCCAGAAGAAAGGCUACCAUGAGAUCCGGGAGCUCCGCCUCUUCCACUUCACCAGCUGGCCCGACCACGGCGUCCCCUGCUAUGCCACUGGCCUCCUGGGCUUCGUCCGCCAGGUCAAGUUCCUCAACCCUCCUGAAGCUGGGCCCAUCGUGGUCCACUGCAGUGCCGGAGCCGGGAGGACCGGCUGCUUCAUCGCCAUCGACACCAUGCUCGACAUGGCCGAGAACGAAGGGGUGGUGGACAUCUUCAACUGCGUGCGCGAGCUCCGGGCCCAGAGGGUCAACCUGGUGCAGACGGAGGAGCAGUACGUGUUCGUGCACGACGCCAUCCUGGAAGCGUGCCUCUGCGGCAACACCGCCAUCCCCGUGUGCGAGUUCCGCUCCCUCUACUACAAUAUCAGCAGGCUGGACCCGCAGACCAACUCCAGCCAAAUCAAGGACGAAUUUCAGACCCUCAACAUUGUGACGCCCCAUGUGCGGCCCGAGGACUGCAGCAUCGGGCUCCUGCCUCGGAACCACGAUAAGAACCGGAGCAUGGAUGUCCUGCCUCUGGACCGCUGCCUGCCCUUCCUCAUCUCGGUGGACGGGGAAUCCAGCAACUACAUCAAUGCGGCGCUGAUGGACAGCCACAAGCAGCCCGCCGCCUUCGUGGUCACGCAGCACCCGCUACCCAACACUGUGGCGGACUUCUGGAGGCUGGUGUUCGACUACAACUGCUCCUCCGUGGUGAUGCUGAACGAGCUGGACACUGCCCAGCUGUGCAUGCAGUACUGGCCUGAGAAGACCUCCGGGUGCUACGGGCCCAUCCAGGUGGAGUUCGUCUCCGCAGACAUCGACGAGGACAUCAUCCACAGGAUAUUCCGCAUCUGCAACAUGGCUCGGCCGCAGGACGGGUACCGUAUAGUCCAGCACCUGCAGUACAUCGGCUGGCCCGCCUACCGGGACACGCCGCCCUCCAAGCGCUCUCUGCUCAAGGUGGUGCGGCGGCUGGAGAAGUGGCAGGAGCAGUACGACGGGCGGGAGGGGCGCACAGUGGUCCACUGCCUAAACGGGGGAGGCCGCAGCGGGACCUUCUGCGCCAUCUGCAGUGUGUGUGAGAUGAUCCAGCAGCAAAACAUCAUCGACGUGUUCCACAUCGUGAAGACGCUGCGGAACAACAAGUCCAACAUGGUGGAGACGCUGGAACAGUAUAAAUUUGUAUACGAGGUGGCACUGGAAUAUUUAAGCUCCUUUUAGCCUGACGGGACGGGGAACCUGCCGGAGUCCCGAGGCCGCUGCCCUCACGCCCCCUUUCCUGUGAUGGCAGCCACUGGGCUCAGGGGCUGAGAGGCGGCGCCCUGCCCAGCGCAAGGAGAAGACUGGAGGUCCCGUGUUCCGUGGCGGGCUCUGCACCUUCCCGGGGGCCUCCUGCAGCUGCGGCAGGUGCAGCUCUAAAAGGCCCAGGCUUCCCUGGCACGCCCUACCAGCCACAGACACAGACCCGCACACCAGUGUCCCCAUAACAAGGCCCCGGACUUCCCGGCUCCCCGACCUCUUGCUUUUGCUCUUUCCGAGUGUGUGACCCUCACAGCCAGCCGACGGCGCAGGUGCCGGGAGGGGCAGGCUCGGCAGCACCUCCCCGGCCCUGCGUCUCCUGGGGAGUGGAGCAGGUGUACCUCCUACUCCACACUGUCAUGGCGAUGAUUGGGCCCUUGGGGUCCCGGCCCUACUGCCCUCUGCAGUCUCUUUCAGUGCCCUCUGGCACCAGACACCUGGACCCUGUGACCUGGGGGUGUCCCGAGAGCACAGCGGAGGCCCCCAUCCUGUCACCUAACCUGCAUGGAGCUUGGCCCACUAGCAUUCCGCACCCCUCCCCCAGCCUGGGCCUUGACCUUCUCCCCUCCUCACUGGCCAGCCUGCUGGGUCCACAGCACUCUCGGAUAAAGGUUUUCUCUGCUUGUUCGUGGUCAGUGGGAGGGGGUGGACCCGCAGGAAGCCUGGCUCCUCCUCGUCUUCCUGCACAGGGGCCGCCGCUCUGGGGCAGGGCUCUCACGGACCCUUGGGUGGCAGCUCCUUCGGGAGGGACGACAGGAUAAGAUUUGAUUAUUUUCCAAAGUAUAUAUUAAAAGAAACUUUCUUUGGGGGGAUGUAAAAUCUAAGUCUCUUAUGUUAAAAAAAAAGCAGGGAAGGUGGUUUGUUUGUGCAGCUGUAAGACAAGUCUCUCAGGCCUGUGAUGGUGGGUCAGUGUCCUCGAAGGUCCCACUCGGGGACAGCACAGCCACUGAGCGGGGCGAAGCCGGACGGGGCUGACGACAGCUCCCCAGUUUCUGGGGCAGAUCAGGUACCAGCUUUCAGCAUCACCUUGGGUAUCCAAACUCGAGCUGCUUCCUGGGAAACCCAGCUGGUAUCUUGAAAGUGGCCGGUGCACCAAGGUCUGCUUUGGUUCAAAACAGGCCCGGGGCUCUCGGCUGGAAAGCUAGGGUCUUGCCCGAAGUGUGGGUGGCAGGGAACCAACACCCACUGUAUGCCAGGCGCGACACCCUCCCCGUGGCUCCUUACUCACCCUUAGAGCCCACAUGGGAGAGCCCGGAACCUUCCAUUAGCUCCACGUGACACCUGAGGAAACGGAGGCUUCUUCCUCAGGGAUGAGGUUCUGGGUUCCAAAAAGGUAGAUAAUGGCGAUAAGGCUUAAUUUCUCCUUGUUUCCUUCAUCCUUUCUCAGCCAAGCAGUUAUUUUAUGGAGGGGAAAUAAGACCAGACACUUCUGAGCAGAGAACUCCGCAAACGGAAGCGCAAUUCAUCCUUUCUGACGCCAGGUCUGCUGGGAGGCGCGGGGUUUCUGGCGGAUUUUCGUCCCUCACUCCCGGCUCCCCGGGAGAACUGGUCUCAUCUAACAACUUCUUAGCCAGUGGAAACCAUCCCCUGCCCAUGCAGACAAUGAGCUCUGUCAGCGGCCUCUUGCAGGCACUUUGGCUCCGUAUCAGACAGCCCCAGGGUGGCCUGGGAGGGGGCAGCUCCAACUUGAAGCUGGUCCCCCUCCAGACAGGGCCCGAGGAGCACAGAACCCAAUCGGCGCAGUGUCCUCCCUUACCGUGCGCUGGGGAGAGAGAACCACCGUGCCGCGUAAGAGUGUCACAGGAGCCGAGGAGCAAGGGAGACUCCGCCUAGGGCUUCCAAGAGCACAUGACAUCUCCCCCCAAAAAAGGAAGGAAAGGAAAUUCAGGCCAAGGGAGCAGCAUGGGCAGUGGC